AUGGGAAAAAACGUUUUGUUGCUGGGAUCUGGUUUUGUUGCACAACCAGUUAUCGACACAUUGGCUGCUGCUGAUGACAUCACUGUUACUGUCGCAUGUAGAACAUUAGCCAAUGCGCAAGCUUUGGCCAAACCUUCUGGAUCCAAGGCUAUUUCAUUGGACGUUACCGAUGAUAGUGCUUUAGACAAAGUUCUGGCUGAUAACGACGUUGUCAUCUCUUUGAUUCCUUACACCUUCCAUCCAAAUGUGGUAAAGAGUGCCAUCAGAACCAAAACGGAUGUCGUCACUUCGUCUUACAUCUCACCUGCGUUAAGAGAAUUGGAACCAGAGAUCGUAAAGGCGGGUAUUACAGUUAUGAACGAAAUUGGGUUAGAUCCAGGUAUCGACCAUUUGUAUGCAGUCAAGACUAUAGAUGAAGUUCACAGAGCUGGAGGUAAGCUGAAAUCAUUCUUGUCAUACUGUGGUGGGUUACCAGCUCCUGAAGACUCUGAUAAUCCAUUAGGAUACAAAUUUUCAUGGUCUUCUAGAGGUGUGCUACUGGCUUUGAGAAACUCUGCUAAAUAUUGGAAAGACGGUAAAAUUGAGACGGUUUCUUCUGAAGAUUUGAUGGCCACCGCUAAGCCUUACUUCAUCUACCCAGGUUAUGCGUUUGUUUGCUACCCAAAUAGAGACUCUACUCUUUUCAAAGAUCUAUACCAUAUUCCAGAAGCCGAAACCGUCAUUAGAGGUACUUUAAGAUAUCAAGGUUUCCCAGAGUUUGUUAAGGCUUUAGUCGAUAUGGGCAUGUUGAAGGAUGACGCUAACGAAAUCUUCAGCAAGCCAAUUGCUUGGAACGAAGCUUUAAAACAGUAUUUGGAUGCCAAGUCUACUUCUAAAGAGGAUUUGAUUGCUUCCAUUGACUCGAGUGCCAACUGGAAGGAUGAUGAAGAUAGGGAAAGGAUCCUAUCCGGGUUUGCUUGGUUAGGUCUGUUCUCUGACGCAAAGAUCACACCAAGAGGCAAUGCUCUGGACACUCUAUGUGCACGUUUAGAAGAAUUGAUGCAAUACGAAGACAAUGAAAGAGAUAUGGUCGUGUUACAGCACAAAUUUGGCAUUGAAUGGGCUGAUGGAACUAGCGAAACAAGAACAUCUACUUUAGUCGACUAUGGUAAAGUCGGUGGUUACAGUUCUAUGGCCGCAACGGUCGGUUAUCCAGUGGCCAUUGCAACUAAAUUCGUCUUGGAUGGUACAAUCAAGGGACCAGGUUUACUAGCACCAUACUCACCAGAGAUUAACGACCCUAUCAUGAAGGAACUAAAGGAAAAGUACGGUAUUUAUCUAAAGGAAAAAACAGUGGCUUAA